GAAACUUCUAGAAGUGAGACUCUGUUCAUAACUGAGAUUAAACCGGAACGAGGCUUAUUGAAUAAAGUGGGAUCCAACAAGAAUGUAAGACAGAGUACAAUCACUUGUGAUCAAUCCAUCACAAAGGAAAUCAAAAGCUUAACCACCCAAAACUUCAGAAAAUUUUGACAAUAAGUAGCCUAAGGAAUAAUACCAAAUUGAAAUCACCAACUGUGACAAUGGAAGAAAGUAAUGAACAUGAUCAACCUGUUUCAGCAGGGAGGCAAGAAAUGAGAAGAAGAAGGAAACCUUCCCAACCAAUGGUAGAUAAAUGCCAGCAAACAGAUGUCACUGAGAAAAAGAAACAUCUGACAGGUUCACAACAGGCAACACCAAAACCUGUCAUGAGCCAUGGUAAUGUACAUGAAAGCAAAGGAAAGCAUUCUAAAGAAUGUGAUAAAGUCAGAUUGUCUUCUCAGCUUCAACAAACCUGGCAGAGGAGAAAACAUGGACAAGAAGUAGCAGAUAAAUCCCAGCAGACAGAGGAAUGUAAAGUAGGGAAAAAAAAACCGGUAGUAAAGAAGGAAGAAAUUCUACCCCCAAAAUCUGAAUCUGAGUGUGAACAAGCUGCUCAACCAUCUAAAGAACAUGAAGUUCCAUUAUCCAGACGCCCAAGCCAUUCCUUGAUAAACAGAUCUCAGCAGACAAGUUGCACUGGAGAUUGGGCUCUCAUGGCCUACUAUGGCAUGUGCCGAGAAAUGAUAAUGGUGGAUAAGUGGCAGCAGACUGGCAUGAGUGAGGCAGAGUUCCUGGUACUUUCUAAGCCUGGAAGCAAAAAGGAUUCAGUAUGUCAGCCAGAAGAUAGUGUGGAAUCUAAAGCAACACCAAGAACAUCCCGAGAAAGUUCUGCUGGCAAAACUGCCCCUGCUCCCAAAAGUUCUACUGCUAGCAAAACCUUCUCUCCUCCAGGAAGCGCCAAAGUCUUCUCUCCCCAGGGAAGCACUGAAGCUGCUACUCCUCCCAAAAGUGCUACUGCUAGUAAAACUUUCUCUCCUCCAGGAAGUGCCAAAAUCAUCUCUGCCCAGGGAAGUACUGAAGCUGCUAGAAUUUCUUCUACCCAGGCAAGCGCUAAGGGUAGCAAAACAGUGUCUCUCCAAAAAAGUGUUAGCAGAGCUUUCUCGUCCCCAGGAAGUGUCAAAGCCCAGGGAAGUACUGAAGCUGCUAAAAUUUCAUCUUCCCAGGCAAGUCAUAGGGCUAGUAAAGCCUCAGCUAUUGAACCCCCUGAAGAAUCUGGCUCUGCAAUAAGAAAGACUUCUAUUGUUAAACUUGAAUCUUUUGACAAAAAGGCUCCUAUUGAUCUAGAGUCUCCUGCUUUGGAAACAGAAUUGCCUCCUGAGGAAGAAGCUCCUCUUGAGGAUGUAAAAGUAGAGGCCUCUCCCUUGGAAGAGGCUUUCCUUGAAGUAGAGUCUGCCCCUGAGAAAGAAGCUGAGGUGGUAGAACCUCCUUCUGAGGAAGUAGAGGCUGCACCUGAGGAAGAAGUUCCUCUUGAAGUAGAGCCUCCUUCUGAGGAAGUAGAGGCUGCACCUGAAGAGGAAAUUCCCCUUGAGGAAGGAGAGGCUGCCCCUCAGGAAUUAGAGGCUGCCCCAGAGGAAGAAGCUCCUCUUGAAGUAGAGACUGCCCCUGAGGAGGAAGCUCCUCUUGAGGAAGUAGAGGCUGCCCCUCAGGAAGAAGCUCCUCUUGAGGAAGUAGAGGCUGCCCCUCAGGAAGAAGCUCCUCUUGAGGAAGUAGAGGCUGCCCCUGAGGAAGAAGCUCCUCUUGAGGAAGUAGAGGCUGCCCCUGAGGAAGAAGCUGGGGAACUAGAGUCUGUUCCUGAGGAAGGAGAGGCUGCCCCUGAAGAGGAAGCUCCUCUUGAGGAAGGAGAGGCUGCCCCUCAGGAAUUAGAGGCUGCCCCUGAGGAAGAAGCUCCUCUUGAGGAAGGAGAGGCUGCCCCUGAGGAAGAAGCUCCUCUUGAGGAAGGAGAGGCUGCCCCUGAGGAAGAAGCUCCUCUUGAGGAAGGAGAGGCUGCCCCUGAGGAAGAAGCUCCUCUUGAGGAAGGAGAGGCUGCCCCUGAGGAAGAAGCUCCUCUUGAGGAAGGAGAGGCUGCCCCUGAAGAAGCAGCUCCUCUUGAGGAAGGAGAGGCUGCCCCUGAGGAGGAAGCUCCCCAAGAAGAGACUGCCCCUCAGGAAGAAGCUGGGGAACUAGAGUCUGUUCCUGAGGAAGGAGAGGCUGCCCCUGAGGAAGAAGCCCCUCUAGAAGAAGGAGAGGCUGCCCCUGAGGAAGCAGCUCCUCUAGAGGAAGAAGCUGCCCCUGAAGAAGCAGCUCCUCUUGAGGAAGAAGAGGCUGCCCCUGAAGAAGCAGCUCCUCUUGAGGAAGAAGAGGCUGCCCCUGAGGAGGAAGCUCCCCAAGAAGAGACUGCCCCUGAGGAAGAAGCUCCCCAAGAAGAGACUGCCCCUGAGGAAGAAGCUCCUCUUGAGCCACCAGAAGAAACACCUCAAGAUGAGCUAGAGCAACCCCCUGCUGAAAUGGAGAGUUCUCAGACAGAAGUUCCUUCUGAUUUACCGCCUCCUGAAACAGCUGAGUGAGGAAGAGUCCCCAAAAAGGAAUCAUAGUAUCAAGUUAAAAUUUAAGCACAUACCUUAGAAAAGGGUAGGGCCCUGAAAGUAUCAAGGGGAAUUGUCAAAGGAAAAGGAAACAUCACAAUUGGAGUACAUAUUGGAAAAAUGAAUAAUAAAAAAGGAAAGCGGUUUAAAA